AUGCAGUUCACCAAGGCUCUUCUCUUCCUCUCGGCCCUCGCGCCUGUCGCAUUCGCCACUGAAGCUGCCUCAGCUGAGUUCUCAACGACUGAAACUCCCUCGUCGACCUGGACUCCUGUCAUCACUAGCACUCCUUUCCCCAGUGCUACCCCUUCUGUGAGCCGUAUCGCCAGCUCCUCCACUCGCCUGAUCAAGUCUACCACCACCCCCGCCGGUGAGACUGCCUCGGCUACUCCUUCCGUCCCUGCUACGGCCGGUGCUGCCUCAGUCCACCUCCCUGGUUUCAUGGCUGGCGCAGUCGCCAUUGCUGGUCUUCUCAUGGUCUAA